AUGCCCGUUAACAUAAGGACCCUCUCUGAGGCUGAAACAUACCGAUACCUGGCCAACGAGCAAUGGCAGGACCCGGGAGUACUGAGCGUUUCCGACCGGGAGGCCGUAUGGAAGGAGAAAGAGCUCCACGGGAAGUUCUACAAGGCCCUACACGAGCCUUUCGUAGAUACUUCUGCCUCCCUCAACUGGCUACGUUUCGGUGACCUCUUUGGGGAAACCGAAGAUUUGUCUGUGCGAUACAGGAUCAGACACAACCUACUAGCCAGCAUCCUACACCAGGAGCUCGCUCUGAAAUACGGUAUCGUGGAUCGGAAACUGCUGUACUAUAAGUACUCUCCGGAGGCCGUGCUCGAAAAUGACCGCGCCAGGCUCUAUUGGGACCGGCCCAUCAUCACGGACAGGACGAUUGUCGCGAACAAACCUGACAUCGUGGUGAUGGACUGGGCACAGUCGUGGGUAUUUUUGGUCGACAUUACCAUUCCAUAUGACGAGAACCUCGUGAAAGCCGAAACAGAUAAGAAGACAAAGUAUCUGGACCUGGCUCACGAGGUGACCGACAUCCUCUCCAAGCAUCUGAGGCGACUGGGACUCCGGGACGGAUCGCUCCAAGCUCAAAUACAGAAAGCGGUGCUCCUCGAUACCGCCCGCAUCGUCCGCCGGUUUCUCUCCCUAUCGCCC